GAUUUUUUUGCACUUUCAAAAAGAAACACGGAGAAAGAUGUUGAGAUGUGUGGGAUUCUUGGCACCUUUCUAUUAAGAUUUCUCCGCUUACCAUUGACCUAUGAUCUUCCAUAUGAUAUUGUCCACACAACUCACGUCAGCUCCGUGUAUUUAAUUAUAUUGAGUCGACUGUUUCAUGUAAUUUAGAAGCUCGUAACUUUAUUCUCACCUGACGAUUUUUAGGCCAUUUGAGGUUCUUUGAAUUGAGGUUCUUGGCACCAUGAAUUAUGAUUUAACUAGUCAUUGCCUUGUUAUUUAAUAAUGCAAAAUUUCUGCCAUUUCAAAAUCUUGAAUUCACAUAUAUGCACAACAACUUCACAUAAGAAAAUGAGAUGUCGUUAAUUUGAAUUUCCAAAAUUACAUUACGGAGAUUUUACUGUGCUCAAAUGUCAUGGCACCACAGACACGGUAAGUGAUUGUGUGGUAACAUUAUAUCUUAUUCUUCCCUUUUCUUUUGAUAUGCCUCUUGUUUUUCACGCUUUAAUUUGUUUGUGGGAUAUGUCUGUUUGUAAUCGUGUUUUAUGAACAUAUAUUUCCCCCCUCUCUGUUAAAAGCAGGAGAAAUGAACCUUCUAUAUGACUACCCUUAUCAUACCAAAACAGGAAUCGACUGCCAAUUCUGUUAGAUCACCGUGUCCCUGGACCUUUAUUCCCUGAUUUAUUUAAAAGAUUACCCUCUAAUGUCUUACAGGCAGUACUUGCUUCUGACUGUAUCCUGAAUGACGACAGUGCCAUGCUAUAAAAGAGGAGGAAGUCCAGUUGGAUGGAUCCAUGCGCAUCCUUCACAGAGCUGUUUCAUUUCUUCAAUAGUGCACACCCACUGUCCAUAUCAGGUAAUGGCGCCCCAGGGUUUUGUCAUUGUGGUUGCUCCAACAGAUGCAUCAAGGAGCUUUGGAAUAUUUCGACUGAGUGAUCCGGGUGGUGAAAAGGAUGGUUUUCACCCUAACAGAGAUCCGGAAGAUGGUAGCCCCAUUUACGAGCUCUGCUCUACUGUCUACCAAAAUUCCAACUUGAGAUUCGAAAUCAUUGACUUGCGUUGAAGCAAUUAAUACUAUACAGCGCAGCAGUUAUGGCGAUGGUAAUUACUAAUUACUGAAAGGAAGUUGACACUUGGAGUAUCAAAUCACUCCGAUAAUAUAUUGAAUUUGCCUCGUUAAAUAUUGAGAGCUGUGCAUGUGUUUCUGAACUUAACCCCAAGGAUUAUCGAGACGAGACAACUUGUUUAAUAUAUACAAGAAAAAUUUCAAGCAGUCGCAUACAAACGAAUUGAUUUUUAUAUAAAGGAAAAAACUCUGGGGAUGG